AUGGCAGGAACGGGGAGAUCACCAUGUUCACCCACGGGGGCUGGAGAGAGCGGGGGACACCCCGGAGGACGCAAACGGCCCGCUCAGACGGACGAAGCAGAUGAUGAGCGACCUCUGACUUUGUCCACCUUGUUGGCAGCCCUCAAAGAGAACCGGGAAGAAAUCGUUGCUCAGGUUCGUGAGGACAUGGAUGGGCUUAGCAAUCGGGUUACGACAGUGGAGCAUACCAUGGACGCGCAUGUUGCUAACACCACCAAGUUACUGGAAGCCAUGACAGAUCGUCACUGUGCAAUGGAACAGAGCGUGCGACAGGUCGAUGAAAGGCAAUCUUCCGUGCUGCAGCGACUGGAAGUGCUGGAAGGCAAGUUCGCCAGUGCCAACUUCUCUUUGUCAAGCACGAGAACAUCCGACUUCGACGGGGGAAGUUCACGCCCUGCGCUGGUUGUUGGGGGAUGGAGUGCUGACCAGCACCAUGAAGAUACACUUCGCCUUGUGAAGCAACACCUACAGGACCUCGACAUCAAUCUGGACACCAGCAAAGCUUUCGUCCCCGGGCUUCGCCGGGGAUUUGCCCUCGUGCCACUGACCAAAUUGGACGGCGAGAGCGAUGAGGACCAACGCACUCGUGUCCAGGAGGCCUUGAGGACGAUCCGUGCAGCAAAAGUUGUGACAGGGCAGAAGCCGGAAGGGGGGAACCGUUAUUUCUUCGCUGCCCUCAGCCAGAGCCCCGAACGGCGCAAGCGAGCACAAAUGGCCGGGAAAAUCAAGCGGCUGAUCAUCGAGGAAGGCGGGGAUAUCCGCCGCAUCGACGUGGAGUACGGCACAGCAAACCUUUGGUACAACAGUAUCAAGAUUGCUUCCGGGGUCACCACACCUCCCGAGGGCGCGUCCAUUGAGAAAGCAGGCUGGGUUCACUUGGGCGCCUUGGCACGCCAAAUCGGAGCCUCCGAAGAGGCGGAAGUGAUUUGUGACACUGGCAAGUUCCAUGCCACCCUGGAUGAACUGCAGAUGCUAUAUGGCAGAAGAGAAGAAGAUUGGCGGGGGACGGCAAUCGUCCACACGUCAAACCUGCAGCACACCCGGGGAAAGAUCCUUCCAUGCUCCAUUUCUUGCACUUUGACUUCUUCGGAGUUUCGGAUAGGGGUUUUUUCGAUCCACAUACCACACCAUGCCACCCUCUCCACCACUGAACAAAUCCUACAGAGCAUCCACAUUCAGAUGCAGACCCACACUAAAGCAGUCAUCGGAGUAGAUGCGAAUGAAACAUUCUCAGAUGCUCAGCAGAACAGACAGAUCAAGGCUUCCUCUGCAAGAGGGGAGAUGCUUCUUGACUGGUUCGAGCAGCAGGAGUGCCACUUUCCGCAGCAAGCUCUCGAUAAGCCGAGCCAUUUCCCCUACAACCAGCGACUGGAACCACGCCGCCUGGACUAUGUGUUGGCGAAGCGCCUACUGUGUGACCCCGGGGGAGUACUUGCACAACGAGACAUUGCCACCUCCGACCACGAGCCCAUUGCAGUCCCACUGACCAACAUCCAUAUCGCACCGGCCCGAGGGGGAUCAAAACCGGCAGCCUGGUCGGCCCGUACCUUGCGGGACCAUGACGAAGUCGACAACCUCAUGAACUACCACGCCUCGAUCGGGGGAGACCCUGUCUCACAGCUGCAGGCUGCAAGCGGCCCUCCUAGCCCCACCUGGCGACGAACGACGACGACUGUGGAAACUGAACUUUUGGAGAACAGCGAUUGGCGAAAGAACUUGCGGGAGCACUUCGAGAAGAUCUUCUUCCGCCAAAAGCAGAUCGUCGUUACUGUCGCCAUCGGGGAGAUCAUGAAAAAGCUCGAAAGACAGUGCAAGCACACCAAAUGGCUGCCUUUCCAGUUGGAAGACCUCCAGGCUGUCAAAAUCAAGUGGCGAAACGGGAAAUCGUGCGGCCCCGACAUGGUCUCUCACGAGGCCCUCAAAGCUCUCCUCCCCCAUCCGGUGUGGGGGAACCGGCUGGUCGCGAUCUUCAACGACAUGCUCUACACCUGUCGUAUUGUGGAGAGCAUAGAGGCCGGAGCGACCAUCCUAUUGGCGAAAACCAGUCAACCGAAGGAUUGGAGUGAGACGAGACCGAUAACGCUCAGUUCGGUCCUCCUCAAGACUUUUGGCCAGCUACUACUCCAGAGAGGGGGGAACACCAUACAAAGCCCCGCGCGCUUACAGUGGUGCAGGCGCGGCCGACAAGGGAUCGAACUCAUCAUGAUCCUCCGACGCCUAGCUCGUGUAGCUCGUGACUGGGGGAUGGAAUUUUACAUCGCCAAAUUAGACAUCCGCAAGGCCUUUGACUCCAUCUACCAAGAGAGCCUCGCCCAACAUGUGUGCGAAGUGGUGGGGGAACAAGCUAACCUCCCUUGGGAGGCAAGAGCAUGGGUUGCUCUGCUGCACGCGCAAAAGAUCACCAUCGAAGUCGCGGGGGAGAGCAUCCCUAUUCAGCAGAGCAACGGAGUCCGCCAGGGGGCCCCGGAAAGCCCCGUCGCUUUCGGUUCUGUGGUCGCUGUUGACCUUGAUGCUGCCAUCGACGAAGCCAGAUCGUCCAAGCCAGCGGGGGACGAUUGCCCUCCCGAAGACGGGGGAAGCUACAUGGAUGAUAACUACAUCUGGUCAACCAACCGCAAGCACUUCCAGCACAUGCUCACGUCGCUUGGUUCUCGAUUGCCGAAACGGGGGCUUUACAUACACCCUGGCAAGACAGACAUCAUCAGCACCUCGGACAAGCCCGUCAAAUUUCAGGUCGCGGGGGAAGACGUCCUGACGAAGGGACCGAAGCACAUCUUCCAUGUCCUGGGAAGCCCCCUAUCAUUUCAAGGGGGAACGGCAAUGCUACUCGCGGAGGCACAGAGUCGAGCCCGCAAAGCCUUCUGGAGCCACCGAGUCAAGCCCCCCGCCCACACCUCCACCACACGAGCCUCCAGCUCCACAGACAUACACCACCCACAAGACGAUAGCCAGGCGAAGCCGGACAAACCCAGUGACACGCCGGGGGAACGGCCCCCCACAAAACACUCCUACACGGAGGAAGAGUGGUGGCAAUACGACAACGCCCCGCAGGGACCAGACUCAGCCGAGCUGGAAAUCCCCCCCAGCCUACCACACGCCGAGGGCACCACGACCCAGUACCUACCCCUCACUCACGGGUGCUUCGAAGUGCAGAUCACCGCCACACACUACAUUCCCACCCCCAUGACUGCCUCCCCAGGCCUGCCACCUCUCCACCUCACCCACGUGCACCAGACCGGGCCAGUGCUCACUGCCCCACCUUUCACACCCGGCACCCGAGGCAGACUCGCGCCCAUGGGCCCCAACCGGUGGCUUUCAUUCAUCGCAACGGAAGUUCCCCCCUUGGAUGAGUUCUGGCCGCAUAGCAUGUUCCUCGUCACCGGGGAUUCCUUCCAACUUGAGGACACCCCCAAUGGCUGGCAGAUGACGCGCAUCCGGGGGAAAGCAAUGCAGCGAUUAGCUUCGGCCGCAAACCAUGACUAUAUCACGUACUAUGACAUCCAGCAUGAUGUGGACAUAGUGAUUACAUGGUUGAACGGGCACAUGCACGCAAUGGCUACAGCAAUGGAUGGAGACCCUCGCAAUUGGGGGAGCCCUGCAACGACGACGGACGGCUACGAGCAGGGCAUGCAAAACACUGCCGAAGUUCUGGGUCGCAUGGGACGAGCUCUGCAAGGGGUCCAAAUGGAACCUCAAAACAGGGAGCACUGGCUCCUUUUGGUAGAUGUUGCCGUCUACCUGAUGGCUGUUGAGCGGGGGGAAGCAGUCAGCCACCCGGCCGACGUUAUUGCUCAAAGCCGCGGGGUAGUCAGCAGCCACCUCGCCAGGGAAAGGCGAGAACAGCGAGCACGUGGAGUUAUCCUCGAGCUGAGGAACCUUCGUGCCCAGUUGCAGGACUGGCCACAGGAACAGCUUAACGGAGUCCACGGCGCCCUGCUCGACACGUUGGAGGCGAGCUACCUCUCCAACACGGGGGACCUGCACCCAGCCAAUCCUCGGCAGGGGAACCUUGGUGGCUACAAGAGCGCCACCACGGUCUGGGGAAUGUCGCCAGUCACCAGCGACGAAGCCCCACUGAAGACGUUGAAAGUGAGGGGGAAAGCACGGCGGAGCAUCAGCGACGCCGAUUACAUGCGGCGUUCGAUGACCAGAACGGGCCCAUCUGAGCGCCCAACACCUGAGUCUGGCCACUUUCAGAAGCGGGGGAUCAAGUUACUGUUUGCGAAUGAUGGUCAGCAUGUUGCGACCAAGGCGUGUUGCUUCCACUACCCCUGCACACUCCACAACCUUCGCAUUUCGGGGGACCGUGCAAACCCAAAGCUCCAAGCGUAG